UUUUUUGUCUACUGGAAGCAGCGGACGAGAAGGCAAGGAAAAUGACUGAAGAGGCGCAGACACGGGCUGGGAACCAGUAUGGAAUAGAGGACAUGGGACGCAAGCCUGAAGAAAUCCAACAUUCGAGGAACGUUGAUUAAGGCUUGCCGACUGACCUACUUUGUUUCAAGCACAUCAAUCUAGGAAUGUGUCUAACGCACGAAGCUCGUAGACCAUAUGCGCCAUGCAGAGUAGGUCGAUUGGAUGCCGCUAACUGUAAUUGCCGGAGCCCCAGGAGUACGACGAGGCAGCACAGGCCAAGUUUCGAAAGUGUCAA